GCAAGUUUGACCGAAAUGCAAAAAAAAAAAAAAGUAUGGCUUAUUGUCUGUGCAAAUUUACCCACAUUACUCUUUCCUAUCUCCGUUGCCUUCACAGUCUUUCUUUGUUUCUCUAGCAUGACUAGAUAGAGUGACAAAGUUGCAGAAAUCAAGGUAGGAAGGAGGGGAGAGGGAGGAAGAGAGAGAAAAGACAAAGGAAGAUCUGCACCGGCCUGAUGUUGCCAGGAGUGGUCCCCAUCAGCCAUCAAAUCCUUGGGUAAACUGGAAUGUUUUCAACUUCCUCCUGAAAGUCAAUAGCGAUGGAGACAGACACACCUCACUGGGGAAGGUGUUAGAAAUGAAACAGAUACUGGGAAAGUGUGUCACUCUUUCAGCUUCCCUCUUCAGCUCUGUAACUUUUCAUGGAAGAAAAGACUGGGAGAUGGAGAAAAACUAAAGUGGAUGUAUCUGGUUUUAUUUCUGUCCUACAAAAUUGGACAUACCCAUGUGACAACACACAGAUCAUCAUGGCUACAGAAAACUUUACUGACUUCUUGAACAAACUCAAGGAAAUACAUGAGAAGGAGGUCCAGGGCCUGCAAACAAAACUGAAUGAGCUAACCAAUGAGAGAUGCCGUGAUACCCAGAGAAUCGAAGAGCUGUUUGCUAAAAACCACCAGCUACGAGAACAGCAGAAAGCCCUUAAAGAAAAUGUGAAAGUGCUGGAAAACAGGUUGCGAGCUGGUCUCUGUGACAGGUGCCAAGUGACCCAAGAACUUGCAAAGAAGAAGCAACAUGAGUUUGGGAAGGCCCAUUUCCAGAGUCUUCAACACAUCUUCAUCCUCAGUAACGAAAUGAAUAAGCUGAGAGAGGAGAACAAGAGCCUGAAAGAAGAACUGAAGAGGCUGUCCAGCUCAGAGGACAGACCAAAGUCUCUAAGGGGGCUGCCCAGAGAAGGGGGCGCUGCCCCUGACUCACCGUUGCCCUUGAUCCCCACUCGGAGCAGGAAAUCCAGUGCCGAGAAAACCACAAGCCAAGAAGCAGAAGACGAGGGUGAUGAGCUGUCCACCCGUCCCCUGGCAGGAGAUCAGUCUCCAAGACAGAGAAUUUCUCCAGGUACCAGAAUCUCUCCUAACAUCGUUCUUCAGGGAGAACAUGCUCUGGAGAUGAACUCUUCUCAGAGAAUAGCAAACCAGUUGCAUGGAACCAUAGCGUUGAUGAGGCCUGGCUCGAGGACCUGCUCUCAGGAAAGAGAUUGCCUAGGAAAUGCCACGCCACCCUCUGCCAGUGAAACUCCGCCAUCCCCGCCACUUGAUCGAAGCCCCACCUUUGAAGGUUAUUUAAGAGUCAGCAAAUCAGACUGCCAUGAACUUUCUUCAUCUUACGAAGCUCUGAAGCUUGCCACAAGGAAGGCACAGCUCAGCUUCUCCAGCCAACCUUUUGCCCUGCGCCAUCUUGGACUCCGGAAUAACUCCGGCAGUGGUUUCCCUCACCACUUACUAAUGGCCAGAGAGGCAGGAGGGAGACCGAGGUCACAAGACGAGUGGGAGGACCAAGCUGCCAUCUUGGAGCUCCCUGGCGCUGUGGCGUACAUGAAGGACCGCCAUUUGGAGAAUAGGCUCCAGAUCCUUAAUCACCAAGAGAAACUCCGCUAUUUACUGAUGCAACAGCAGGAAUGCAAAGCCAGAGUGGAAGACGAUCGCACCCAGCGUCAGUCACCUUCCCCACCACUGAGGGCAGGCAAGGAAUGCAAAAAAGAAAGGUCCUGUUCAGAAGACUCUACUGAGGGGACACUAGGGAGAUUGCUCUUGAUCAAUAGGGAAGAGCUGGAACAAGAAGAGAAGGCAGAAAUCAUGAGGGAGUAUUUCAUAGAUGCACCCCUGGACCUUUCAGAUUAUGGAAGAGGGAGAGAGAGCUUGAAGCCAACCAACUGGCAACAGUCCUCUGCAGAGCAGAAGACUGAAAGUCCAGGUAACAGCACAAAUGCAGACCCUGUUCUCCAGAAAAGUGAUUUUUCCACCUGUCUUCAUGCAGCUAAACAUUUCUCCAGGAACAAAGAGUCAGAGCAACACCCUGACAAAGCCAAGGAGAAUAUUACAGCACCUCUGAUCUCUUCGCUUCAAGAACUUCCUAUUUACAAACCAGCUUCUUGCGAUUCCAUCACCGAUUCAGAGACGAAGAUGCCUUUUGGAGCACAGAAGCAAGAAAUGGACCAGCCAGGUAAUGGAGAUGGCGAGUCAGUCAAAGAAGAAUCUGAUGAGCUGAAUACAUCCGAUAGCGAGGUGAUUGGUGCUUGUGAUGCCGAAAGCCUCCAAGCAGCUUCCAUGGAAGAAAAAUAUUGCUGUGCAACUGAGACCAUCCAGCGAUUCCAAAAGAAGCGGAAAAGGGAACAGGAUUCAUUGGCAAAAGAGUUUAAGAAGUCAGCACAAGGCAGAUGUAGUGGCAAAGCAGCCCAGGGUUCAGCCGACCUAGAAGAAGCUCCAGACGAAACAACAAACCACAGCCCUGUUUUCAGCCACAAGGACAAUGAGGAGACAUAGCUCAAAUUGUGCUUUCUCGCUAAGACAGAUCCUACAGCUUGAACUGGUGUCAAAUAUUUCUGGCUUUGAUACGAAGCCCGUCAGUGACUAAUUAAUCUCAUUGACAUUAACAAGGAUCAACAACCUCCUGUAUCUCCCAAGUUCGUGUUUGCAAGUUCCAUUGGUUCAAACCCUGGCCUACAAGUGAAUUCAUGAGGACCAGUAACUCUUUGAUAGUCGAGGAGACCUUUAGGAAAUUCUUGAGUUAAUUCCCUCAAGAUAUCGGCAAUGAGACUAGAAUAGCCCGCUGGUGUGUUCCACUCUGCUAUUGUAUGAUUCCUUUUGUUCAGGUCCUGCCAGUUCACUGGCAUUUGAUCAGAUAGGAGUGGAGCCCCUAUACCUUCAUCAUGAUGUGAGCGUUACUUGAAGAGACCACUAUGGCUUAGUGGCAGAGGACAUGCUUUGCAUACAGAAUGUCAAUCCCUGGCAAUACCAGUUAAAAGGAUCAGGUAGCAGGUACAAGCAGAGACCCCUGAAGAGCUGUUGGCAGUCAGAGUGCACAAUAGUGGGCUAUGACAAUAGACCUGGUAUCUCUCAGCUUCCAGCGACUUGCAAAUGGCUGCAUUUCAUUGGCUCUGUGGCCAACACAACACAUCGCUAUGAGACAGGUGCUUUUUCUUCUUUUUUAAAACAGCGACACCAGUGGGGUGGACGCCUUAACAGCUGAUUCCCUAUAGCAUGUGUAUGCACAGGGAAAUGGUGAAACCGAGGUUAUCAUACUAUGGACACCUAAUGAGAAGACAUGAUUCAUUAGAAAAGAUAAUAACGCUGGGAAAAACAGAGGUAAAGGUAAAGGUGUCCCCACACUUACAGUGCGAGUCAUUUCCGACUCUUAGGGUGACGUCUUGUGACGUUUACUAGGCAGACCAUAUAUAUGGGGUGGGAUUGCCAGUUCCUUCCCCGGCCUUUCUUUACCCCCCAGCAUAUGCCGGGUACUCAGGGAAAAACAGAAGAGAGUAGAAAAAGAGGAAGGCCAAACAAGAGAUGGAUUGAUUCCAUAAAGGAAGCCACAGACCUGAACGUACGAAAUCUGAACAGGGUGGUUCAGGAGAGAUGCUGUUGGAGGUUGCUGAUUCAUAGGGUCGCCAUAAGUCAUAGUCGACUUGAAGGCACAUAACAACAACAACAAAUGCACAGGGAAAUGCCAUAGCUCCAUGGCAGAGCACCUACUUUGCACGUAGAAGAUCCCAGCGUCAACCUCCGGCAUCUCCAAGCAGGGCUGGGAAAGAUGACCUCUCUGAUAGUCUUGGAGAGCUGCUGCCAGUCAGUGAGUGCAGAUGGACCACAGGCAGCUUCCUAUGUCCCCAUGUAACCAUCAGGUGUCGCUGGUGAAUUUCUUGCUCAUUAUGCCACAGAUCCCCUAAAACAGGCUGGAGAAUUGCAAAAGGAGAGCCCUGCCAGAUGCACACCAAGAAUAAAUGGACUAUCCAUAAUUGCUAACAGCUUUCCUUGCUUGUGUUGAGCUGGGAUGGCAAACGUACAGUUGGAUUGCUCCCGAGAUGUCCCAACAGUGUGUCUUUAAUGUAUUUCAGAUAUUGUUGUGACUGUGUAUCUCUAAUCCCCAACGGUGGUUCCACUUCUGCUGGAAAAUUCACCAGGGAAGGACCCUAAGUAUUCCACACGGCUGAAUACCUGCAGGACCAGUGUCAGAAACAGUAUAUCCUAGCCACACCCCAGUUACCAGAAAUGUCCCAGUGAUCUCCCUGGCAGCUUCUCUACAUAGUCCUUGUGGUUCUGGAGGUGAUGGGUCCUGGUGAUAGGACAGCAAUCAAGAGUUCCCAGGUGCGUUCCAGGUGGGGAUGGCUGAGAAUUUUGAUUCAGUUUGCAUUUCAAGCAGAAUUUAUCAAAUUUGCAAUUUCCGAAACAAUAUGAGAACCGAAACACAGCCGUCCUUCGAAAUUUGCACUUAUUAGAAUUUUGGGAUGCAGUUCACUAACUAAACAACAUUUACAAAAAUGCAUAUAUUAGGGGAAAGUGCAUAAAAAUGAAUACAUGGGUGAAAAUAACAUGCAAAAAGGCAUGAGAAACGGCUUGCAAAAAUGUGUACCUUUGUCAAAGCUGCCUACAAAAAUGUGUUUAUUUGGAGAAAUUCACACUAAAAUGGUGGAGAAUUUUCAUGAGGAUUCUUUUAAAAAACAACAACCUGCAGAUCCCUGUAGAAAUGUAGAGAACUGAAUUUAACAUUGGAAAAAUGAGAAACUGAGAGGACCGAAACAGACAGAUCUUUCCAUCCCUAGUCCCAGGUGACCUGUCCUACACACACACACAACCUUGAAGGUCAUGAAGGGAAAGGCUUUGUGCAUUAAAAAUAAAAUACUGUAUUUUGACAUGUUCAGCACCAUGGUGCAAAGAAAACACCUAAGUAUUGCCAAGCACCCAGUUUGAUUGUACAUAAAU